AUGGCUACCAACAGUGGUUAUGGGCAAGUGAUUGAAUAUAUUCAAGAUCGUCUCUACCUCGCCUCCUACGAUAACCCUCCCGAUGCACGAACCCCAUUUCCUUAUCCCCUAGAGCAGCCGAGAUCACCGUCCAAGCGCUCUGCGAGGGCUCAGCCUAGCACUCCUAGCAAGAAGCGCAGUCCCGUCUAUUUCACAGUAGAUGAUGUCUUAUUGUACAACUCAUUCCAUGCCGAUUUCGGCCCUCUACACAUCGGUCACUUGUAUCGGUUCGCGGUCCAGUUCCACGAGAUUCUUGGGGAGCCUGAAAACCGUGAUCGUGCAGUGGUGUUCUACUCUAAGACGGAUGCACGAAGCCGUGCUAAUGCUGCUUGCCUGGUUGCCUGCUACAUGGUCCUGAUCCAGGCCUGGCCCCCGCACCUCGCUCUGGCACCAAUUGCGCAAGCCGAUCCCCCGUACAUGCCAUUCCGUGACGCAGGCUAUAGUCAGGCAGAUUUCAUCCUAAAUACCCAGGAUGUCGUCUAUGGCGUGUGGAAAGCUAAGGAGCAGUCGCUCUGUAGCCUCAGGGACUUUAGUCUUGAAGAAUACGAAAAGUUUGAGCGUGUUGACAUGGGUGAUUUCAACUGGAUCACCCCGCAGUUCCUCGCUUUCGCCUCGCCGCAACACCAACCGAUUGCGCCAAUCCCUCAAAACACGCCCGAGUUCGCAGCGCUUCCAUCCACCGUCUCUGAAGUCCUUUCUUCAAAGCUACCUCUUCCUUUCAAAAACGUUCUGGCGCACUUUUCAUCCCGUAACAUCGGCCUUGUUGUGAGACUGAACUCCGAGUUGUACUCUCCCUCCUACUUCACGGCUCUGGGCAUCACCCAUGUGGAUAUGAUCUUUGAAGACGGAACCUGCCCUCCCCUGCCACUUGUCCGUUGCUUCAUCAAAAUGGCACACGAGACGAUCUCUAAGAAGAAGGGCAUUGCUGUUCACUGCAAGGCCGGUCUGGGACGGACUGGAUGCUUAAUCGGCGCGUACCUCAUCUACAGAUACGGAUUUACUGCCAACGAGAUCAUUGCUUUCAUGAGAUUCAUGCGACCGGGCAUGGUAGUCGGUCCUCAACAGCACUGGCUACACCUCAACCAGGGCUCUUUCCGCGAGUGGUGGUACGAGGACUCGAUGAAGGAGAAGCUGGCUCAGAUGCAGGCUGCUCCCAUCACCCCUGGACGGCCAUCUACCAGACAGCGGGCCAACGGACCUGUCGCCACGCCGCCGAACAACGGCCAUUCUAAGCGUGCUGCUCUUGGCGAGAUCGACCACAACGAAGGAGCUGGGGCCCCGGCGGAAGAGUACCUCCCCGCACCCACUCCUGGACAGCCUCGCAAGUCACACAGAAAAGACUCCCGCCAUCACCCCUAUGCCCGUACCACAUCUGGAAGCUUGGUUGUCGACAAGGAUGGCAAUAAGAAUUCCGAACAGACCAGCCACAGACACCACCGUCUCAGCAACGACAGCAGCGAGAGUGAAGAGGAGAUCCAAUUGCGUAUGUUGGCGAAGCGUUCCUCCAGAUCCCCUGUCGCAUCCCCCAGUCAGCGGUCCGUCAGUUACUCUGCUACGGUAACUGCUAGCUACACCCUGAAUGACGAUGAUCGAGAGAAUUGGGGCGAUGCUGCCGCGUAUGCAGCACCGAAGACUCCUGUCAGCACCAAGAGUGGCAGUGGAGCGAUCGCAGUAACAAAGGUUCGGACGAGCCCCAGGCGUGCAACAGACACGAGGAGUGAGACGAAGGUUCGGAAGGCUAGCGGCCGCGUUGGCAGUGCUGGAAGUCCCACGCGGGUGAAAUAA